AUGGGGAAUCUAGGAAAUGUCGGGGGUGGAGGAAUUAUUCGUGACUCAUACGGCCGUGUCCUUAGAUCCUUUUCAUCGUUCUAUGGCUACCAAACGAACACCAAAGAUGAGGCCAUGGCUAUGUUGGAAGGCUUGGAACUAUGCAUAUCCUUGGGCUUGAGCAAUGUUAUUGUUGAGACGGACUUGCUUACUUUGCUCAACACGGUUAAGAGGCUGCAAAGGUGUCCCUGGCGUAUACAUGAGGAAGUAGUGGGGAUCUCUAAUAUGUUGGCAAGUGCGAUGUUCACUUUAACACACUGCUACAGGGAGAUUAACUUUGCAGCAAGUGGUCUUGCAAAACUUGCGGUGCAGAAUAGGAUUUCGUCAGUCUAUGGGGCUAACAUGCCGCUGGCAGCAAUCACAGGUGUGAUUCGUUUAGAUGCUAGGCAAUUUCCUUAA